UAACCUCUUCCCUACCUUCUCAAACAAAUCCCAUGUGACUGAAACAGUACAAACUUCGUCAUCAACACUCGUUAUUUAAUUAUCAACGUUUUUGCAAAGAAAUAAACACUAAAGUAUCGUAAUUAUGAAGAGAAAGUCGACCGAGUCCGAAGGGAUGGAAGUGCCGGUUGAGAAAACAAUUGUGGCCAAAAAGUUCAAACCAUCCAAGACUCCUACUAAAACCAAAAAUACUAAAUUCAUUAAAGGAAAACCAUCAAAGAAGAUGUUUGGUAAAGAUUCUACAAAAGCAUUUCAAGGAAAACCAUUAAAGAAGACGUUUAGAAAGGAUUCUACAAAACCAUUACAGGGAGGAACAAUGGAAAAACCUGAAUGGGCAGGAAUUAAAAAGAAACACAAAGAGGUUACCCUACAGAGAAAACUUAAACGCAAUACUUCUAUUCAUUCAGAAUUGCAAGAAGCUAAAAAACUUUUUGAGGUAAUUCGUACCAAAAAGUGCCCUCUUUCCGAGCGCAAUAACCAUGUAAAGAAGCUUGCUGCAUCAGUUAAAGGAAAUUUAGACAAGAUGGUAAUGAGACAUGAUACUGCUCGGAUAAUCCAAUGGCUUUUAAAACUCGGAACCCCUGAGGUUAAGGAAAGUAUUGUCAGUGAAUUAAUAAAUGAUGUUGUUGUUCUGGUUCGGAGUAAAUAUUCAAAUCAUAUUAUAAAGUGCAUAUUGAAAUCAUGCAAUUCAUCUACACAACGACAACUCAUUCAAAAUUGUUACGGACACGUUCUGAAGCUCUUGAGCUCAAAGAUAUCUGCUCCUAUAAUUGAAGACAUGUAUUCAAAUUAUGCCAACAAAAAAGAGAAAAUGCUUCUUAAGAAAGAAUUAUACGGAGAUUUGUUAAAAAAUACUACUGAAACCGACUUAGGCAAAGCAUUACAGGAAAAUGUCACGCUUAAACCAGCAAUUUUAAGAAAAAUUCACACAAUGUUAACACAACUUCUUGCAAAGAAGUGGUCGUACAAUUCAAACCUGGUGAUGUCUACUGUACUUGAUUACAUACAAAAUUGUGAGGAGAAGGAAAAGACGGAAAUAUUUGAAAUUCUCAAAUCUGAUAUAAGCCUUUUAAUUAAAACCAAGUUUGGUGCAAACGUUGGCUUUUACUUAAUUUGGAAUUGUAGUGCAAAGGGGAAAAAAGAUAUUGUUAAAGAGUUGAAGUGUGAUUUAAGAAAUAUUGCCAUGACUGAGGCAGGCAGCAUGUUUCUUCUACAUCUCAUCGAUUCAGUGGAUGACACUGUUCUAAUGAAAAAGGCAUUACUUCCAACAAUAAUUGACUGUGCUGAAAAAUUAGUUCAGAACGAACAUGGGAAACGGGUUAUUUUGUAUUUAUUUGCACACAGAGAUACUCAUUUUUUCCAUCCGUCAUACAUAGAAAAACUCAAGAUGGCUGAUACUUCUUCUAAUGUGAAGAAAAGCCAGGAAAAGAGGAUGAACGAAUUAUUGGAAUGUUGUUUAAAUCCAAUAUUUAUUCAAAUCAGAGACAAUCCAAAAGCAUGGUUGGCAAAUGGCUCUGUUAGCUUAGUUACUGCAGCGAUUUUACGACAAGGAACAGAUUCUAAUCCUUUAAUUGCUGAGACGUAUUCAUCAUUGGCUCAGUACUGUACUGAUUUGGAGAGCAUGAAAGAUGACAAAACGACCUGUAUUAUUGAGGAUGCUGGAGUGCAUAAGGCUUUGAAACAAAUUAUAAAACAUGACCAAGUAUUACACGAAUCUGGGAAAAUUACUUUCUCUGCAUCAUUGGUUGAGUCAUUGAAAAAACAAACACUAGAAAAGUGGUUAACAUUUAGUCGUGGUUGUUUUACUUUACUAUUCUUAUUAGAAACUAAUAUUGAAGGUGUGUUAUCUGAACUAAGGAAGAAAUUUAAAGAAACAAGCAAUUUUGAGGCUUUGAAAACAAGCGAACAAACAGGAGCUAAACUCUUAUAUAAAAAAGCGAAGGAGUUAAAUUUUAUAUGAUUUUGUGACAUACAAUCCCUAUGUAUCAGUUCUAAUUAUUACAUAUUUCAUUUUUUUGUUUAGACAUUUUGAUUCUUGGCCAAGUAAAUCUUAUGACUGCGGGAUUAUUCCAUUGUAAUUUAGAAUGUACUUUUUUAAACAGAAACAUUUAAAUGUUAUUGCCUAACUGAUAA